UUUCUUACUCUUGUUCAUAUAAUGCUUAUAUUUUACUGUUUUUCCUGUUUUUUAAAUACUCGUUGUUAUUUCUUUUUAGACACUGAAAUAAGCGUGCUCAACUCUUCUUUUUGAUUCUCUCGAUCGAAUUGACAUCUCGGAUUUGGACAACUUUGUUUUCCGGAACUCACCGAGUUCUUCUCCACCAGUGCUCCAGCGAGCAACAGGCAAGAACAUCCGUCUCUCGACCUGCGAGAGGCAGGACCUGCUUUCUAUGCUAGGUCGCCCUGCUUCUUCCGGCCACAGUUCCAUCCCCACCGGCGCUUCUUCUCUCCCGCGACCCUCGGGGAAAAACUUUCGUCUGUCCGCCCGGGAGAGGCAAGAUUUGCUCUCCGCGGUCGGUCCUCGUGCUCCUGCCCAUCCAAGCACCAUCCCGAGCAGCGCUUCUUCUCCGCCAUCGGGCACACGAAAUGCACCACGCCUGUCUUUGAGAUCCAAUCAUGGGCAUCUCACAAGGAGGAACAGGAGGACCGGUUGGACCGCAAGGACAAGGAGCACAAGGCAAAAACGCAGACAAAACCAGCUCGCUUCUAUCGCUCUUCGAGCAGUAUGUCUGGUCGCUGAAUUAGUUCAGCUCAUCAUAUAAAAAGUUUUUUUUUUUUCAUUUUGCUUUUUCAAACAAACUGUGUUUUUUUUUAAAAAUAUAUUCUUGUUAUACAAUAAAAAUGGAUAACCAGGAACAAGAUAUUACAGACCCAUUUCUUGCUUUAGAAACAGCGUUAGCUAGGUUAAAUGAAAAUACUCAUCAUCAUUCACAGAAUACACCUCCACAAAACCAUGAGCAACCUGAUGUGAUCAAUAAUAAUAAUAAUGACCCUUUAGAAAUGCUUAAUUUAGCUCUUGCACGAUUAGCCCCUAGUGAAAGUGCCCCGCAAAAUAACUCUCAGAAUUUAGAAGGGGAGCAUGUUGAGGCCCAAACAGAGUCAGAACCGGCUCAUUCUCAACAAAACAUUUCUGACCCUUUUGCAGCUCUUAAUCGCGCUUUAGAAGCCUUGGCGCAAAUACAGGAUGAGGUUCAAAUACCGCCAGAGUUAUUGAGUCAAAUAAACAGGCUAAAUGAAAAUCGUUUCAAUGAUUCUCAUAGCCAGCAUUCGCUCAGCUCUUCCCCAGACAUUGUCUCUGUUAACCACCCGCUCAACCACAGCCCACCCCUACAGUUGUUAAGCUGUUUCAAUGACUGUAAUCAACAACAAUCGUCCGGCUUUGCCCCAAACAUUGUCUCUGUUAACGAGCCACUUAACCCAGUAAACAAUGAUCGCGAUCAUAGUUUUCAACAAGGGGGUAAUCCAGACCAGAGUUGCGCCGGCAAUUCAGCACAACCGUUUAUAGUUGUCAGAAAUAAAUUUAAUAACGUUGAAAUUAGAGAAAUUUUGAAUUUCCCUCCUCCAAACCAUAUACCCGAUUACGCCCAAUAUUAUCAAGGUAUAACGGGCAGUGCCCGUGAAAUAACAAACCGGGUAUUCUCGCAUGCAAGUCCAGGCGAUCUUAUACAAUUAGAGUUGAUAGGGCAACAGUUACAAAAUAAUGUUUCAGCCAUUAUACGGGACAAUCGUGAUUUGAGUGAAUUUGAAAAUUUAUUCUUGAGAACUGUGCAAUCAAAUUGGUCGGUUAUGUGCAAUGGCUCGCUUGAGCUUAUAGCUCAGAUCGUUAGACCCCCUUCUGGUAGCAGUAAGAGACAUCUUAGUCAGAUACUCAACAACAAAAUUGUGAGAAAGAAAAGGCGUUUUUUUUAUACAUGGUUCAUAACCCUGUGAAUGAGUUAUGUUUUUCCAUAAGUCUCACCCACCUUCUGCACCCCGAUUUUAACGACCGGCAGGCAGAAGCCUUCGCUAGAGAAAUUCAACAAAAAGCUGGUCUAAAUGAUCAAACGCCUGUGGGCUUUAACCAAAUAAUUACAUUCGAAACGCUACUCAACUGUAAAAUUAUAGUAUUUUACCGUAACGAGUAUGAUCGUAGCCUUUGUAAAUUUCAAACUAGUACAGCAAACACAGAAAAAACCUUGUGUUUAUUUUUAUUUGAGUAAUUAAAUAAAUUGUAAUUACUGUUACAUGGGGUAUGAUCACGUGUUAUCCCACUUCUACCCUGAUCGUUGCUCUGUCUGUAUGCAAUCCACAUGUAGUAGCGACAGCCUCUCUCCACUGUUAUGCCCAGACUGUAAUCGUACCUGUCGAUCGCCGCUCUGUUUCCAGAACCAUAAAAAGCCAACUGAGAGGCGUGAAAGACUCGCAAGCAACUGUCAGCUCUAUAAAAAAUGUCUCAAGUGCUCUCUUCUUUAUUAUAUUGCUGUAAAAGGUAAACCCCACAAAUGCACUAAGAGUAAAUGCAGAAUUUGCGGCCAAGAGAAAAUAAGUGAUCAGCAAACACACGAGUGCUAUAUGCAGGUUUUAGAACGCGAGACAAAACAUAACAACAAGUUGAUUUUUUAUGAUUUUGAAACGUUUGUAAACGAUCACGGUGAACACACUCCUUUUCUGGUGUGUACAAAAACAUCAAAUGGUAAAUCUUGGAACUGUCAGGGUGAGGAUUGCGCUGAAAAGUUUCUCGCUCAUUUUAGACGACCCCUCUUUAAGGGGUCUAUUUUUAUCGCUCAUAAUGCUAAGGGUUUUGAUGCUUACAUUAUUCUCAGGGCUAUGGUUAAGCAAGGUUUAAAACCAAAGUUAAUCAUGCAAGGCUCGAAAGUGAUCAGCUUUACAGACGCAGACUUUAAUCAACGCUAUAUUGACUCUAGCUGCUUUCUCCCUAUGCCGCUGUCAGCUAUACCCAAAGCAAUGGGUUUUUCAGACAGUGUUAAGGGGUUUUUUCCUCAUUCUUUCAGCUCGAGAGAAACUCUAAAAUAUGUAGGCCCUUACCCUCCCCCCUCAGCCUACAGUCUGGAGCGGAUGACAACAGAAGGCAGGCAUGAUUUUUACAAAUGGUAUCAUUCAGUCAGCUCCGGUACCUUCAAUUUCAUGAAACACGCCCUGUUAUAUUGUGAAAACGAUGUUGAAAUUCUAGCUCGGGGUUGCACAUUGUUCAGAAACGGGUUUAUUGAAGAGACAGGUGUAGAUCCUUUCAGCCGCAGCACGCUUGCAAGCGCGUGCCUGAAAACUUAUUUAACAAACUUCAUGCCUGCGAAUUCUUUGGCAAUACCAUGUCCUCUAAAUUACCGUAAUCAGGUCAAAUCAUUUUCAUCAUCCUCAAUUCAAUGACUCGAAUAUCUCUCGUACACACAAGGUGUUUUUAUCAGACAUGCCCUCAAUCAAGGAGAAAAACAGCUCGGUAGUUAUUAUGUAGAUGGCUAUUCCGAAAUUAACAAUAAAAAAUACGUGUGGGCUACUUCCAUGGGUGUGUUAAGUGUUUUUCAAAUCAGGCCGAUGUCAACCCUCUGGUAGGUGCGUGUUUUUCAGACAUAAACAACGCCACUAAAGACAGGCUCGCUAGAUUGAGAGCUGAGUGGACCGAGUUAAAAUGUACUGAUGAGAGUGUAAUCAGCUUUCUCAGACGUUACGAUCCACCAGAGCCUUUGAACCCUCGCCAUGCCCUCUUUGGAGGCCGUACAAGCCCAGCACAGCUGCGUUGUAGUGGUGGGCCUAGUGAGAAAAUCAGUUAUGUGGAUGUUACCUCGUUGUAUCCAUUUGUAAAUAGCACCUGUCGUUACCCCUUAGGUCAUCCUCAAAUAAUCUUUCGAAAAUUUCAGCACCCUAAAAACUACUUUGGGUUUAUCAAAGCGGUUGUAUACCCACCCAGAGGACUCUAUUUUCCCGUUUUACCCUAUAAAACAAAGUCAGGCAAGCUUCUCUUUACUCUCUGUCGCACUUGUGCUGAAAUGAACAACCAAGAGGGGGCGUGUAACCAUAGCAACGAGGAGAGGGCUCUCAGAGGGGUGUGGACCACUCCUGAAUUUAAACUAGCCUUAGAAAAGGGCUAUCAAAUAAGUGUAAUCAGUGAGAUAUGGCACUUUGAGAAACAGAGUAACACAAUAUUCACAGACUAUGUACAUCAUUUCCUGCGCAAAAAACAAGAAGCUUCAGGCUACCCAUCAGAUGCUGUAACUGAGGAGGCUAAACAGCUUUACAUUAAAGACUACCAGGCUAAGCAAGGCAUCACUUUAGACCCUGAAAACAUAAAACUAAACCCUGCUAAAAGACAAAUGGCCAAACUGUGUUUAAACUCCUUUUGGGGAAAAUUUGGUCAGAGAAAUAAUCUCACACAGAGCAAACUCGUGAGUGACCCCGAGAAAUUCUUUAACCUCAUGUUCUCUCAAAAAUACAAAGUGACCUAUUUCUCUUUUGUCAGUGAUGAUGUGGCUCUUAUACAAUGGUGUUAUGGUGACCUCUGUAUUCCACCCCCAAACUCCACAGAUAACAUCUUCAUUGCGGCCUUCACUACUUCAUAUGGGCAUAUGAAACUCUACAGUUACUUGGAUCAGUUGCAGGAAAGAGCUAUUUACUAUGAUACUGACAGUGUUGUUUAUCUCACCAAACAAAAUCAAUCUGAGCUAGAAUUAGGUAGAUAUUUAGGCGAUCUAACAAAUGAGUUAGAUCAGGAUGAUUUCAUUACAGAGUUUGUUGCAGCUGGUCCUAAAAGUUAUGGCUACAUGACCAGAAAAGGUAAAGUUGUUUUGAA